AUGAUUCGCAAGCAAGCGCGCCAACGGCGCGACUACCUUUACCGACGAGCUCUCCUCCUUCGAGACGCCGAGAUCAGCGAAAAGCGAGCCAAGCUGAGGUCUUCGCUGGCCUCGGGAAAGCCAUUGGAUCCUUCCAUUGCAAACGACAAGUCUCUGCGCAAAGACUACCAGUACGAUGAGUCGCGGCCCGAUCUCACCACGAACGAGCAGCUUGACCUCGACGAUGAGUAUGCCCAGCUUUCAGGCAUUGUCGACCCCCGUGUGCUUGUGACGACUUCCCGCGACCCUUCUGCGAGGCUGGCAGCUUUUGCGAAGGAGAUCCGACUCCUCCUUCCCACGGCUGUCCGUCUCAACCGUGGUAACCUCAUCCUGCCCGACCUCGUGCGAUCCGCCCAAGCUGCAGGCCUCUCCGAUGUUGUUCUUCUCCACGAGCAUCGCGGUACUCCAACUGCCAUGACCUUGUCGCAUUUCCCUCACGGCCCGACGAUCUCGUUUUCUUUACACAACGUGGUUUUGCGACACGAUAUUCCCGGCAGUGUGCGAGGAACUGUCAGCGAGUCGUACCCUCAUCUCAUCUUUGAUGGCUUCACGACUCGGCUGGGAGAGCGGGUUGUCAAGAUUCUGAAGCAUAUUUUCCCUCCAAGGGAAGCUAUCACGGCAAAGAACAAGGUCGGCAACCGAGUUGUGACAUUCAAGAACAUUGAAGACAGCAUUGAAGUUCGACACCACGUCUUUGUGAGGACGGGCUACGACAGCGUCGAGUUGGCCGAGGUUGGGCCACGGAUGACUAUGAGAGUGUUUGAAAUUCGAGGCGGUACUCUGGAAAACAAGGAUGGUGAUGUUGAAUGGCAUCUCACGCAAUAUACAAGAACAGCCAAGAAGAAGAAUUACCUCUAA